CAUUUCAGGAGCCCGGGGUGAGGAGCAAGGCUGGGGUGAGAGCUGCCCAUCCCAUAGGACUCCAGCUUUCCAGAGCGCCCAGAGAGCCUGCAGCUCCAUGGCCACGCACCUGCUCCUCCUGGCCCUUCUCCUGCUACUGCCAUCACCUGCCCCAGCUCCCUGCUACACAGCAGCUCGUUCAGAGUGUAAGAAGCACCACAAGUUCGUGCCUGGUGCCUGGCUGGCUGGGGAAGGUGUGGAUGUGACCACCCUCCGCCGCUCACGCUCCUUCCCUGUAGACACACAGAGGUUCCUGCGGCCUGACGGCACCUGCACACUCUGUAAAAACGCCCUGCAGAGGGGUGCCCUGCAGCGCCUGCCCCUGGCACUCACCCACUGGCGUGCCCACAGCUCAGGCUGCCAGCAUCAUGUGGCCAAGGUCAAAGCCAGCUCCACUGAGGAUGUGGCCAAGGGGGCAGCAGCCAGCAUCAGCAAUAACUGGCAGGUGGGGCUGGACGUGAAUCUCAAGCCCAUCACGAAUGUGCAUGUGUCUGUGGCUGGCUCCCAUUCCCAAGCAGCUGACUUCGCAGCCCAGAAGGCCCUGCAGGACCAGUACAGCUUCAGCACCGACACUGUAGAGUGUCGCUUGUACAGUUUUCACUUGGUGCAUAUGCCCCCACUGCACCCUGACUUCAGGAAGGCUCUCAGGAACCUGCCCCCCUACUUUAAUGCCUCCACCGAGUCUGAUUACCAUGGCCUCAUCAAUGCCUACGGCACCCACUUCAUCCGGGCCGUGGAUCUGGGUGGCCGCAUCACGUCCCUCACAGCCCUGCGCACCUGCAAGCUGGCCUUGGAUGGGCUCACCACUGAUGAGGUGGAAGAUUGCCUGACUGUUGAGGCCCAGGUCAGCAUCGAGGGCCAUGCCAGCUCCUCAUCCGCAUACAAGGCCUGUGAGGAGAAAAAGAAGAGACACAAACUGGACACUUCCUUCCACCAGUUCUACCAUGAGCGCCACAAUGAAGUGGUUGGUGGUGAACACACCUCCGUGACCGACCUGCUGUUUGGGAACAAGGCUACGCCUGAGCAGUUCUCAGCCUGGCUGGCCUCACUGCCUGGGAGCCCUGACUUGGUGAAUUACAGCCUGGAGCCCCUGCACAUCCUGGUGGAGAGCCAGGACCCAAGGCGAGAGGCACUGAGGCAGGCCCUGAGCCAGUACCUGAUGAGCAGGGCUCGCUGGAGAGACUGUAACAGGCCUUGCCCACCGGGAAAGCAGAAGAGCCACCGGAACCCAUGCCAGUGUGUGUGCCACAGCUCUGUGGCCACCAACCACGACUGCUGUCCACGCCAGAGGGGCCUGGCCUGGCUGCGGGUAACCAUCAUCCAAGCUCACGGGUUAUGGGGAGACACAACUACUGCCACUGAUGCUUAUGUAAAAGUCUUCUUUGGGGGCCAGGAGCUGAGGACCCACACAGUUUGGAACAAUAACAACCCCAAAUGGGAGACCCAGCUGGACUUUGGGGAUGUGCUUCUAGCCACUGGGGGGCCCCUGAGGGUGCAGGUUUGGGAUGCAGACCAUGGCUGGGAUGAUGACUUGCUUGGCUCGUGUGACUGGUCUCUGAAAUCUGGCUUCCACAAGGAGAACUGCCACCUGAGCCACGGUCACCUGAAAUUCCUCUACCAGGCCACAUGCUUGCCCCACCUGGCAGGGGGAACCUGCCUGGAGUAUGCCCCCCAAGGGCUAUUGGGGGAGCCUCCAGGAAACCGCAGUGGGGCCGUGUGGUGACCACAAUGAUCUCUGAGAGGACCAGAAGGCUUGGGCGCAUGCACUGCAUGCUGCCAACUGGACUGUCUUCAUAGUCCCGUUAGGGGAAAUCUGAGGCUCAGACAUUGUUCAUUGAGGUAGCGGAGUCCACAGGUUCGGCCCCAAAUCUCCUUGUCCAAAUUGUAUCAGCCUGUAACAUCUUCAGAUCAGCUGAUCACCUCUGCACAGACCACAGCCUUGGCGGGGAGCCAGCUAGCAGACAGGAGGGAAGCCAUUCUCACUAGGCUGUUUAGAUGAUGCUCAUCUCUUUAGACCCUCUGUUUGCAGCCCCAAGCUCUUCAAUAUACUUGAUCUAACCCCUCUUCUCUAGUGGCUCUGUCUGCCCUCUCUGUUGCCUCUCAGAUAAAUUGUACACUGCUUGAUAGAGGACCAAUAAAUACAAGUGAUGCUGACCAUA